UCAGAGACCAUCAACCAGGUAGCAGAUUAGGGUUUUCCCGUUACUGUUAGUGACGCCAGAGAAAUCGUGCAAAAAUAUGUUACAAAACAAGGCAGAAAUAUUCCUGGAUGGCCUAACAAUAGACCAGGAUCCGACUUUAUUGAAAAAUGUAUUACCAGAAAUAAUAUUAGCAUUCGAUUGGCAUCUAAUAUUAAGUGUGCACGUGCUUCGGUUGGAGGCGCCGAUAUAAUGGAGUUUUUCGAUAACAUUAAAACUGUUCUGGAGUCCGUUUCUGCGCAACAAGUGUUUAACUAUGAUGAGACUAAUUUCACAGACGAUCCCGGGGCCAAAAAAGUUUUAGUUCGUAGGGUCUAUAAAGCCAACAACAUUUACGAAAAUUGGACUGUUGGUGGCCCUCUAGGGGCAGUUUAUGAUAACAGCAGCAGUGGAUGGUUCGAUAUGAAUCUCUUUGAGGUAUGGUUUCUUAAACUGUUGCUGCCCCACGUCAAAGAAAAUUGUAAUGGUGAAUCAGUUGUUCUUUUAGGUGAUAACCUAGCCUUACAUUUUUCUCAAACCGUGGUAAAGGCUGCUAAAGAAAAUAAUAUUUAUAUGGCUCCCUUACCCCCCAAUUCAACUCACUUUAUGCAGCCUUUGGACGUGGCUUUCUUUGCUCCCAUGAAAAAGAAAUGGAGGGCUAUUUUAGACGAUUGGAUAAAGACCAGUCGCGUAAAAGGCACUCUGCCUAAAGAACACUUUCCGAAUCUUCUGAGUGGCUUGUGGAGAUCUCUACAGAAAAGAGUAGAAGACAAUUUAAAAUCCGGAUUUCGUGCCACCGGAAUUUGUCCAUAUGAUCCGCAGCAGCCUUUAUCCAAAUUGCCAAAAAUUCCAAUUGAUGCAUCUACGAGUGAUAUUUUGAAUGAUAGUUUAUUAGAGUUUCUUCUAGAGACACAUGGACAAUCAAGCACUAACCCUAAACGAAAGCGUGGACGAAAAAUUAUUCCCGGUAAAGAAGUCGAUUGUGAAGAAACUAAAGAGGAGCAAGACAAGGAAACACUAAUUGAAAAUGAAAAUAAUGACAAAAAGAAGAUUGCGGAAAAAGGGAAAGGCAAAGGAAAAGCAAAAAUUUUUUAAAAAUCGACAUAAAAAGAUGUCAAUCUACCAUCAUACUCAAGUACCCACAAAGAAGAUGAAUGCGGAAUUUGUGCUGCUUAUUGGUCUGGUUAUACUGGACCAGACUGGAGUUGUUUUAAAUAAAUCUGUGGUAUUUGUAACGAGGGAUCCAAAGAAAAAUAUUAUACC